CAAGCCCAACGCCGGAGCCGUGCCGUCUCGUCCCCGGGGAGACCAGUCGACCGGAGGGAGUCGCCCCUCGCCACGGCUCAGAAGCACGGCGAGGACGACGCAAGGGAAGGAGAAGCCUUUUGCCGCCGGCGUCGGCCGACGACUCCGUAUCAGGUUGUCAAUUUGAUGCAGGGUACGGCUAGACUUGUCGAGGUUUGUGAUCUUUCCUGGAGGGUACUGAAUCACCGUGCAAGAAUUUGCAGCCUUGUACUGAGGAGUACAAAUAGGAAUGGAUGACGGUCCAGGAUACAAAGAAGGAAAUGACUAUGAUUUAAUGCUGCAGAAACAAGAAUGGGUCAAGACACAGGACAUGCUCAAGAGUAAGCUCAUUCUUGUGGACGAUUUCGACUGGAGUUUACCUUCAAUGGGAUCAAAUUCAGAAAAUAAUCAUUCCAGGGUCAAACUGAAGUAUAUAGGCGGGCUUGACAUUAGCUUCUUGAAGGAAGACCCAUCCACAGCAUGCGCAGCAGUGGUAGUUAUGGAUGUCGAUACUUUACAAGUUGUCCACGAAGAGUUCGAUAUUGUUCGUCUGCAAGUGCCAUAUAUUCCUGGCUUUCUUGCUUUCAGAGAGGCUCCAAUUCUUCUAGGACUCUUGGAGAAGGUGAAGAAUAAUGAACAUCAUUUCUACCCCCAGUUACUCAUGGUUGAUGGAAAUGGAUUACUCCAUCCGCGAGGUUUUGGUUUAGCUUGUCAUCUUGGUGUCCUUGCUGAUCUUCCGGCCAUUGGAGUUGGAAAAAAUCUGCAUCAUGUAGAUGGCCUUAACCAAGCACAAGUCAGAAGACAGUUUGAAGCAAAAGAAAACUGCAAUAAGGAGCUAAUCUCAUUGACUGGACAGUCUGGGACAACAUGGGGCGUGGCGAUGCGUUCCUGCCCUGGUUUGUCAAAGCCAAUCUACAUCUCAGCUGGGCAUCGCAUUUCACUUGAUUCAGCCACUGCGAUAGUGAAGUUCUGUUGUAAAUACCGUGUUCCUGAGCCUACACGACAGGCUGAUAUAAGAUCAAAGGUGUUCCUGCAGAAGCUGCAAAGACCACAGCAAUGACAAGACUUGACACAACAUUGGGAGCCUUCUUAUCUUGCUAACCGAGUUGAAUUUUCAGAAACAAAUGUCUUUUGUCACUAGAACAUGAGGCAACUUCUGUACAGCUCUCUAACAGUAUCAAAUACGUCCAACAUGAUUGUCACUUGUGAUUUGUGAAGUUACUGUGGUUUGUAAAACUGUUUGUGAUGCUUUCUUUGAUCA